AUGCGGAGAAUCGCCGCCGGCGGCGCUGGAGCUGAAGCAAUCGCUGGAAACAUUGACAUUCUGACGGAGAUCCUUCUCCGAGUGCCUGCCAAACCAUUGCUCAAAUUCAAAGCCGUCUCGAAGCAAUGGUUGACUCUCAUCUCCGAUCCACAAUUCUGUCGAUCCCACACACUUCGCCAUCACAUCCCUCACUCCGUCCCGAGCGCCCUUCUCCUCAACAACAAUUACAGACCCUCUCCUCACUUCCAAAUCGUCCCUCUCCGAACUUCCAGCUCCGGUUCACCUGUUGUUCGUGUUCCCUAUUUUGGUUACCUCAACGUUCCUCGCGUUACUAUCCUUCAGUCGUGCAAUGGGCUGCUUCUCUGUUCCUCUGGCUUCCUCAUGCCGCUCGAAGAACGUAUGUCGGUACCCUGGGCCUCCUAUUUCCCCUUUCCUACCUCUGCCGAUUACUGUGCUUCUGUUGUGACCGAUGAUGAUUGUGGCUUCAGGUAUUUUAUCUGCAACCCCACCACCAAGCAGUUCACUGUUGUUACUUUACCUAAUCGGGAAAUCAGGGAUCACUUAGUAACGCUAAACCUGGCUUUUGACCCUUCGAGAUCCCCGCACUACAAGGUCAUUUCUAUCUCUUCGGGAAUUUCAGGUGUUACCGACGAUGGUCCUAGUCUUGAAAUUCGAGUGUAUUCUUCGGAGACUGAUUCUUGGAGCAAACGUGGUGUUUGUUUCAUUGCUCCCUUCAGCUUAGCAAUUCAUGCUGGUGUUUACUGCAAUGGUGCCAUUCAUUGGUACAGCCAAGGCGAGGAUUCUGUGUAUUUUGAGGUGGACACCCAAUGCUUAAAAACACUGCCAAUGCCACCAGACAGUGAGGAUUGGGAAUACAGGAAUCUUGCGUAUUUUGGGGAGUCCAGGGGUCACUUGCAUAUGAUACUGAUUGAACCUCAUCAACGUGUGGAAUUUGAUAUUUUGCAGAUCAAUAAAGAUUACUCUGGGUGGUCUGUGAUAUACCAUGUGGAUCUCACUCCGAUGCAAACUUCAUUCCCGGAGCUGAUUUGGUAUUUCAAGGAAAAAAAUGAAUCAUUUUCUAUCCUGUGUGUUCUUCGCCAACCGAGAGAAGAGGACUCCAUGGUUGUCUUGCUGGUGGAUGGUAGAGUCAUGUCCUUUAAUCUGGUGAACCAUACUUCAAGACAGCUCUGUGAUUUAGAGCUUCAUGUCAUGCCGGAUGGUUGCGCUCCAUUUUCUCAUGAACGCAGUGAAGCAUUUCAGUACUUCGAGAGCCUCUCCGUUCUUGGACCAUCAAACGCAUGA